UCCCCACCCAUCGGUUCCCUUCGCUAGGUUUCUCCCUGCUCUCUGGGAUAGCGUAUGAACAGUCGUGACAAGCACGUUGAUUGUUCGAAUCCUCACUGUGACUAUGGCACUGAUCUUGGCCCUGGUAAUAGCACUGGCCUGCCAUGCGCAGGCCAAGGCUGUCUUUGCACACUUCAUGCUUGCAAACAGUCAAAAUUUCACCCUCGACGACUGGAAAGAAGACAUCACCCUAGCCCAAGCCGCGAAGAUUGACGCUUUCGCACUCAACACCGGGUACGGCGGCCCCUAUACCGGACAGCUUCUGAACGAUGCCUUCGCGGUGGCGGCUGAGCUCGAUUUCAAGCUCUUCCUCUCUCUCGACUACUCCGGUGACGGACGCUGGCCGCAGGACCAGGUCAUCAAGUGGUUGGGCAACUACACCAAGCUCCCGGCAUACUACAAGCACAACGGCGAGAAACCCCUGGUCUCGACAUUCGAGGGCUACGAGGCACAGGGCGAUUGGACCAACAUUAAGAAGAAGGUCGACUGUUUCUUCAUGCCGGACUGGUCGAGCAUCCUGCCGGAACAGCUCGCGUCGUCGAACGUGACGGACGGGCUGAUGAGUUGGAGCGCGUGGCCGGACGGCACGGCACCAAUGAACACCUCGAUGGACGAGCGCUACCAGUCGGCGCUGCGGUCGACCGGCGGCACCGACAAGCCUUACAUCAUGCCCGUGUCGCCCUGGUUCUACACCAACAUGGUGCGCUACAACAAGAACUGGGUCUGGCAGGGCGACGACCUGUGGUACAAGCGCUGGGACCAGGUGGUCGACAUCGAGCCCGAGUACGUGGAGAUCUUGACCUGGAACGACUUCGGCGAGUCGCACUACAUCGGCCCGAUCCACGAGCACGACCUGGGCACGUUCACCUCGGGCGGCGCCCCCUACGACUACGCCAUCGGCAUGCCGCACGAUGGCUGGCGCGCCUUCCUGCCCUACGUGAUUGACCGGUACAAGACCGGCGCGGGGAGCGCCACCGUCGACCAGGAGGGCCUGGUGACGUGGUACCGGCUGACGCCGUCGUGGGCCUGCUCGGACGGCAAGACGACGGGCAACACGGCGACGCAAGCCCAGCACACGUACCCGCCGGGCGAGGUGCUGAAGGACGAGAUCUUCUUCUCGGCGCUGCUCGACUCCGCCGCCAACUUGACCGUCAGCAUCGGCGACGAGGAGGCCGAAAUCAUCGCCUGGUCCGACAUGCCCGCCGGCGGGAACGGCGCCCCGGGCCUCUACUUCGGCAGCGUCCCGAUGGACAACCGCAUCGGCGAGGUCAACGUCACCCUCACGCGCGACGGGCAGGCCCUGGCGCAGGUGCUCGGCCAGCCCAUCUCCACGCAAUGCGGCUCCAACAACCUGACCAACUGGAACGCAUGGGUCGGCAGCAACAUGACCGACCCGUCGGCCAACGGGUCCAACUCCAAGGAUUCCGGCGCCGCCGCCUGGUCCAGCAGAUCGCCCUUGCAGCAGCCCGCCGUGCUGAUAUCCGGGUUAAUCGUCUGGUUGGGGCUGUGGUUGGUGAUAUAAUGACUUCUGCAAUAACGCGUGUAUAUGAUCGUCAUGCCUUGGGGAAGAAUAAAUUGGUACAUAAAACGAAGAUGGUCGGCGAUGGAGGGGGAGAUAGAUCUUGGAUGCCGAAACUGUAUCUAUGUAUGACCUUGACUUGUUUCGUGUUGCUUGUCUCUUU